AAUCUGAUGCAACUUGACACAACGCAUGCAAGGAACAAGAUGGCCAUGUCCAUGUGUCGUGUCUUAUGGAGCAAUGUGUUCUCCUCCCUAGCAGCUAGCAGUACUCUCUUAUCAUCUUCUUCUCUCUAUAGCAAACAGACCAAAUUUCUGUAUGGGACGAGAUGGAAUUCAAACGCAGUGGCGAGUGAAGCUGACACUGAAGAUAAGCCAAGUUUUUCCAGCCUGGGUCUCUCGUCUUCCCUAGUAAACGAUCUCUCUCGGAAUGGCUACACUACACCCUUUGAGAUCCAAGCCAAGACACUCCCACACACUCUAGAGGGAAAGAACCUUAUCGGUCGAGCCAUUACCGGCAGUGGAAAAACCCUAGCCUAUGCUCUACCUAUCAUUAAUAAACUAAGCAGUUCAAAAACAAGAGGGGUACCAAGAGCGCUAGUUCUUACUCCUACUAGAGAACUUUGUCGACAGGUCACCGAGUGUAUAUCCUCUUUAUCAUCAAACCUUCGUUGUGUUUCUUUGUAUGGUGGUGCUUCGUACAGCUCCCAAGAGAGAGAGUUAAGAUAUGGUGCUGACGUGGUGUGUGCCACACCAGGACGUCUCAACGAUCAGAUCAACAGAGGCAACCUACCUCUUGAUAACUUUCAAAUUGUGAUACUCGAUGAGGCCGACGAACUCCUUACACCGAAUUUCAAGAUACAGAUCGAUGACGUUCUAGCUGACACUCCUUCCGACAAGCAAAUGCUGUUGUUUUCGGCGACUAUGCCACCAAACGUUAAAGAAGUGAUACGUCAAUACAUGAAACAGUCUGUCGUCAUUGAUCUUACUGCCUCAUCCAAUCGUUUGCCUCCUGCUAUAAAACACAAAGUUUUGAGAUUGGAUCGCGGCAUGGAUAAAUUCGGCACCAUUCUUGAUCUCAUUAAUGUCUAUUCCCCUCAGAGAGCAAUCGUCUUCACUACUACCAAGAUCCAGGCGAGCGAUUUAGGUUCUUUCCUCUCUCGUAAUGGAGUCUCGGCUACGUCUCUCCACGGCGAUCUCUCCCAACAAAUGAGAGAAACCUGUCUAGAGAGAUUUCGGUCAGGGAAGAUAAAAAUUAUAGCUGCCACAGAUGUCGCUGCUAGAGGAAUUGAUAUACCAGAAAUUGAUUUCGUCUUGCAGAUUGAACCGCCUCCUAGUGGAAUAGACUCUUACGUUCACCGCUCCGGGCGUACGGGAAGGAAGGGUCUCCCUGGGACCUCUAUACUUCUUUUGUCUUCAUCACAAGAUUCACAGUAUUUUUUGAGAGAACUGAAACGUGUCGUUCAAGUAGAGGAAAUUAAGCGUCCUUCGCGCGAUGAAGUGAUCACGCGGUCGCUUGAUUCUGCCGUCAAAUCAAUAAAAGCUAAAAAGGAUGAGAAAUUGAUUAAUGCUGCUUUACCACUAGCAGAAGAGUUGAUAAGCGAAGAUGGUGCUAAAGCAUUGGCAUCAGCUAUAAUCUCUAUUUGUGGCAUUAGAGUUUAUGAUAGACCAGAGUCAAUGUCACGGUCCAGCAGAGAGGAAUUCCGAUCUCGUGACUUUGAUUCCAGAAGUCGCUCUAAUUUCCGUGAUAGGAGAGGAGGAAGGAGAGAAUUUUCUGAUAGUAGAUGGAACGAUGAAUGGUCAGAUAGGAGAGGCAGCAGAAGACAUAGGGAUGAUGGAUUUAGUGGAAGAAGCAGAAGGAACAGGGGCUCUUUUGGUAUUAACAUAGAUGAUGAUUGGGGAGAAGACGAUGUGGGAACUGUUGAAGAUGAAUGGUGGGAUAACAAAGGCAGUCGUAAAGGAAGACGGUUCUAAACUUAUGGCACCAUGCUGUAAAUAGCAAUGUAGAUAUAAUGAAUAAUGAUUAUUAUUUAUGAUUACCUUGUAAAAAUCAUUUAGUCUGUUACGUAUCUAGUA